UAAGUUAUUUUAUAACAGUUUUCUAUUUUCUUAGAAUGUUACAGAAGAAAACAAGUUGUAAUCGUUGGACAAAGAAAGCAAAAAAGGAAGCAAGUUGUAUUUUUAGAAAUAAAAAAAUAAUAAUUACAUUUUAAAAUAUGUUUUCAUGAAAAUAAUAUAAACAAUUAUCUUGGUAUUUUUUGGCAGCUGGUAAAAUGAGAAAUAUUUAUACAAAUGUUACAAAAGAAGUUUAAAUAUUUAGACCUCAUCCAAAGCCCAUAAAAUCGUUAUGGAGUAAAAAAAGGGUCCAGUGAAAGGAGAUGGGUCGCCUCUCCAGCGCAUGAAUUCUUCUCCCAGUGUAUGACAGGACACGCGCGAAAUCGAACAUCGUAUUAACAAGAUCGACGGUUCAUCUAACUUCGUAGAGUACACGCUCCUGAGUCGACACAGGGACUAUUUACGAUCGAUUUAGUAUUUUAAAAGUUUCCAGUUCCAGAUAUUAACGACCCUCCGAAAGGGGAAAGAGCAUUAAUUCAUCAUUUUAAAUUAUCUUUGAACUCUAUCUCUCUCAGCGAUCUAUGCCUGAAGAGAAAGUUGAUAACAAGAAGCCAUUGUCUGAGCUUAGCAGGUUUUGGUUUCUGAACCUCUUCCUUUACUAUUUUGCUACUUGGAUUUGUGAGCGUCAGGUGUUUGAGGCUUUCAAAUACUAGAUCCCCCCAUGUAUUAUAAUCUCACAAUGUUUACAUAACAUUACCAGUAGUAAAAAAGUGUUGAAUAUGGAAGCAGUUGAAGUGAGCAAGAAGAGGAAGUUUCAGACCGAUCAAUCAGAGUUAUCAUUAUUACCUUUGUCCAAGCAUGCUUGUUUUGACAAUGCUGCUUGUUCCGACAAUACCAAUGCCAGAGCAGAGCUUGAUUCAGAGUGUUCAGUGUCAUGUCUGAACUCAACUUCUAUGGAAUGUGAAAAUGAGAUUGAAAUGAAAGAGGAAUCAUCUGGAUCUUGUAGUGAAGACAAGAUGAUUUCAUUUGAAAGCCAUCUUGAUUUCAUCUAUGGAACCCAAAACUUAGAGGAUUUUUCAGACAAAGACAUUGAAAACAUUACCUACCUUGAUGAUGAAGAAGAAGAAGAGCAAGACGAAGGUAAUGGGUGUAGUAAUGCUGCUAAGUAUGUUCUGUCUUCUGGGAGAUGGACUGUUGACCAAGAUUCUCCUCAGCAUGUCAUAAAUAAGCCCACGAUUGAUCAAGAGUUCGAGCAAUACUUCUCAACCCUGAUGCUGUAACGAAUUGAUGUUAGACUCAAAAACAUAUAUGGAGAUGUAUAUAGAAAGCUGUAUUGAUUGUGUAGUCUCUUGUGGUUUUGAUUCUUGUGAACAAUAAAACCUUCAUCUCAAAGUGAUUAGAGACGUUUUUAAA